CCCACCCCACCCCACCCCACCCCAAUUAAAUACCGAAGAAGCGCCAGCUAGGCAGCUAACAUCCUGGUCUCCAGGGUAUUUCAGUCUUUCCCUAUAGCACAGAACAUCAACACUCCAUAAAUUCUUCCUGGUGGGACAAUUUGAAGACGGCACGAACGAUCGAGAGAGUUGAACACGUAGGUUACGUUCCCAAGUUUGGUUUGGUGGAACGAGAAUCGCAUGCUGUUUCAGCUUUUUUCACAAUCCAUCUUUCAUUCAUCAAUCAAACAUGGAAAAUGAGAAUAGAGAGAGAAAUGCUUACAGUGCAGAAGAUGAUCAGCCGGAGGAAGAGAAGAUGGAGAAGUUCUUUGCCUUGAUCACAAAAUUUCACGACGCUCGCAAUCAAUUGCUCAUCAGUAAAAUGGAGAAGAAGGAGAACAAGAGGAGGAAGACGAAGUCAGAUGAGCCGCAGCAAUCAAGUUGGGUUCCUACCUUCAAACUCGAAGAUUUUGCGGAAGAGAUCGAUUUUAAAAGGCUUCCUGUGAUUUUCCCUGAUCCUUGUAACAAGAAAGAAGACGAGGAAGAUCAAGAAGGUCGCUUAGACCUCAAACUUACUCUCUAGAGCGUAGAGUUGGUUCUUGUUUUUAGCCUCUCUUUUGGUUUCGUUUUUUUUUUUUGUUUUUUUUUUU